GUGCGCCCCGCGCUUCCUCCGUCCCAGCUCCCGGCUGCGACGCGGAAGCUGGGUCCCGAGACGGGAGGAACAGCCCCGGUGGGCGGCAGAACCCGAACUGGAGCUGGGGGGUCGAAAUCAAGGCAGCAGCCUGGGCUGAGGCGGCUGGCCCCGCGUCCCUGCGAGAUGGACGGGACGGAAGGCAGUGUCGGGCAGCCCGGCCCCGCUGAGCGGUCCCAUCGAAGCAGCGUGUCCUCCGUGGGAGCCCGAGCGCCUGACGUGCUGGUGUAUCUGGCAGACGACUCAGUGCUGCCCCUGGCCGUGGAGAACCUGUCGUCCCUCAGUGCCCACGAGCUGCACCGCGCCAUCCGUGAGGUCCUGCAGCUCCCAGACAUCGCUGCGGAUAUCUUCGCGCUCUGGCUUGUCUCCCCUCUGCUGGAGGUGCAGCUGAAGCCCAAGCACCAGCCCUACAAGCUGGGCCGCCAGUGGCCAGAGCUGCUGCUGCGCUUCACCGAUGCCCCGGACGAUGACGUGGCCACAGAUGAGCCUUCCCUGCAGUUCCGAAGGAACGUGUUUUUCCCAAAGCGGCGGGAGCUCCAGGUCCAUGACGAGGAGGUCUUGCGGCUGCUCUACGAGGAGGCCAAGGGCAACGUGCUGGCGGCGCGGUACCCGUGCGACGCAGAGGACUGCGAGGCCCUGGGUGCCCUGGUGUGCCGUGUGCAGCUCGGGCCCUUCCGGCCUGGCCGGCCCACUGCCUGCGCCCUGAGGGAGCAGCUGGACUCCUUCCUCCCGGCCCACAUGUGUAAGCGGGGCCACGGGCUCUUUGCUGCCCUCCGGGGCCGUGGGGCCAAGGCCGGGGCCAGUGAGCAGGGCCUGCUCAACGCCUACCGCAAGGUGCAGGAAGUGGCCAGCAGCGACAGCGAGCACGAGGCCGCCCUGAGAACCCACUACCACGCCUACCUCCUCAAGUGCCACGAGCUUCCCUAUUACGGAUGUGCCUUCUUCCACGGCGAGGUGGACAAGCCAGCCCAGGGCUUUCUGCAGCGGGGCGGCCGAAAGCCAGUGACUGUAGCCAUCAGUCUGGAGGGUGUGCAUGUCAUCGACAACAGGGAGAAGCACGUCCUGCUGGGCCUGCGUUUCCAGGAGCUGUCCUGGGACCACACGUCCCCCGAGGAGGAGGAGUCCGUCCUGUGGCUGGAGUUCGAUGGGAACAAUGAAGGCACACCAGUGAACAAGCUCCUCAAGAUCUACUCCAAGCAGGCUGAACUCAUGAGCGGCCUCAUCGAGUAUUGCAUUGAGCUAAACCAGGCCUCAGAACCCGAUGGCCCCCAGGAGAGCGUGUCCGGCCCCUCCUCGGCCGCUGGCUCCUUGCCCCCUCCCACUCAGCGCCCCCAGCUACGGAGGCAGGGCAGCGUGGUUUGCAGCCGGAUCCAGCACCUCUCCACCAUUGACUACGUGGAGGACGGCGAGCAGAUCAAGCGGGUGAAGCCGAAGCGCACAACGUCCUUCUUCAGCCGGCAGCUCUCCAUGGCCCAGGGGAGCUACACGGUGGUGCAGCCGGCGGAGAGCCUGGAGCAGAGCUGAGGCAGCUGGGCAGGAGGAGGGCACAGGGAGGGGCGGGCCAGGGGGGCCGGAGGCUGCCUCGGAGCGUGAAGUGCCUUCUGUGCGGGAGGGCCCUGCGGCUGCUCAGAGCUGGCUUGGGGACCCCCUCUGGCAGCCCGUCUGCCCUCCUCCUGCGCUCUGGGCCCCGCCGCCGUCCCAGGACCAUCUGAUCAGGCCCCAGCCUCCCCCGUUCACCCAGGUACUUGCCUUUGUGCCCCCCUCAUGACGGACAGUGCCCUCUGCUCUGACGCCCCCACUGGCGGCCCCCACGGCAGGUGGGCAAGGAACAGGGCUUGGGGCCCGCAGGUCGAGUGUGUGUCUUUGGUGUAUUCCCUAGACUUCAGCGACCACAUGCCCGCAUUCCUUCAGCCCGCAUUCCACCCACACUGCCAGGUGGGUCCAUCACUACAGAGGUGGGACAGGGGCCUCUCAGAGGUGACCCAUGGCAGGGAUAGAACAAGAGUCCCCCACUCGUACCCUCCCUGGCUGGAUGGAACUGGAGGGAGCUGGGCAGGGCCCAGCCCAGGGGGCACCUGUGCCCCUCAGGCCUCUCUUGUAGGCAGGAAGCGCUGACCAGAAGGAAAAGUGCCUUUUUUCUAGCUUUUGGUGAUAUCACUGUGCUGGGAGGUGGCUGUUCUGGGCACCAGCAGGCCCACCAGACCCACACGCCACACUCUGAGGACUCCCAAACCCCCAUGGGUUUCAGGUUUUAGUUCUCUUUUUUCUCAUCUGCUUUGGUUCCGUGAAGCCCGUGAGCUCUGGGGCGACUCAAGAGAACCCCCCAACCUCGGAGCUGCUGGCUCCCUGUCAGGUGGUGCUGUGCUUUCCAUCUGGCCUGGCCCUGUGGGCCUCCGGGCCAGGGAAGUCCCGCCCCCAGCCCAGCUGGCCUCCUCUUUCUGGGAAUGAGGGGCAGAGGGUGGCUGUGGUGCUGGGCGGGGCUCCUCUGCGCUCUGCGGUGGGGCCCUGGCUCUGGGCGCCUCCUGGGACCUUCAUUGGAAAUGGGCAGGCCCGCCCAUGGCUGCAUUGUCUCCCCUUUGCUGCCAGAGCCCACUUCUCCCUCUUGUGACUUCUGAACACUCCAGAUACUCUGAGGCGGGCUUUCCUUCUGGCAGCAGGGACUCUGUUACUUGUCCUAAUAGAUUUCCCAGCCUUUUGGAAUGUCCCAGCCAGAGGACAUCUUGUCCCUCCUCCUGGAGUGACUCACUUCACUGGCUCCCAGCCCUCUGUCCUCUCCUCCCACUCCCUGUUUUGAUGCCAAGUGAAUUCUUAUCUGAUGGGCCCGUGGGGGCCUGUGGGGUGUGGUGGGUUUGUGUGCGCACAAAUUACUUGUUUUUACUCUUUCUCCUUCCUAUUUUCUAAGUGUUCAUUGUGCCUUAACCUUUUCUGCCUGUCCUCUGGGACAAAGCCGCAUUUUACUGAAUGUCCUUUGAAUAUCCUUUCUUUUGUACCAUGUGACUUAAUAAUAAACCAGUGUCCAGCAACUUUAGUGUAGUUUAUGAUACAACAAGAGUGUGUUAUUUUUUUAUUGUUGAUUUGAGAGAGAGAGAAACACUGAUUUUUUGUUGUUGUUGUUCCACUUACUUGUGCAUUCAUUGGCUGAUUUUUUAUGUGCCCUGACCUGAGAUCACACCCACAACCUUCGUGUAUGGGGACAACCCUCUAACCAACUGAGCUACCCAGUCAGAGCAAGUGUGUUAAUUACAGCCUGACAGUUGAUCACAGCCAUGUGUUGGCCUUUUAUUAACUAUGCAUCAAGGGAUGCAGCCCUCAGCGCUCCCAGACUGAAUUUGG